AUGCAAAUAGCUGAGCACAUAUCAGUAACGGGAGAACCGUUGACGAUUGAACGAACUGAUGUGUCUGCAUUCGUUAAGCCAGAAGAAUCUGUAGUGAGGCUAAUGGAUAUUCCGGAUCACAUUGUUCUAACAGGUGGAGACGGCUAUAAGAGUGCUGUUUCUCAACCGUAUGAUAUAAUCGAGAACCACAGGCUACCCGACAAACAGAUUUGGUUUAAAGACUUACCUUCGAAAAUAACCCUUACGGAGACUCCAUAUCUUGACCGUGAUGAGUACCACGCUAUGAAUGAACACGUGCGUAGUGCGAGUUCCGUUACCGUCGACGAGAAUCCACUUCGAGAAAUGAAGAAAAUGCGCCGACAACUUGGUAACGUGUCUGCGAAAGCUAAAAGUGUCGUCAGCAUUGGUUCUGUUCGUCUCACAGUGAGCAAUCCUAUCCGUCCAGAAUUGACUCCUGCUCGAUUUGGUGAAUCUGGAGUUCAACCUCCUGUGGAAGUUAUUUCUCAUUUAAAAUGGUUGUUACAAAAGGAGAUUUUGGGUCAGGAUGUAUUUUUGAUUGGGGUUCCUGGUGCACUGCGAUCAGAAAUAGUUUUUCGCUAUCUGGAGUUAUGCAAUCGGGAGUACGAGUACCUUGCUGUGACGCGAGAUACGACUGAAGCCGACAUCAAACAACGGCGGGAGAUUCGUUCUGGCACUGCUUUUUACACUGACCUUUGUGCUGUUCGAGCAGCUUUAAACGGACGUGUACUUGUGAUCGAUGGUGUUGAAAAAGCUGAGCGAAAUGUUUUACCAAUACUUAACAAUCUACUGGAGAAUAGAGAAAUGCAGCUGGAUGAUGGACGUUUCCUGAUGAGACCUGAGAAAUAUGAUAAUCUUACAAAGGACUACACUAUAGAAGAACUUAGGGACAUGGGGAUCGAAAGGGUAUCGGAGCGCUUUCAUAUCAUUGCUCUAGGCCUUCCCGUACCUCGAUUUCAUGGAAAUGCGCUUGAUCCUCCGCUUCGAUCCAGAUUUCAGUGCCGCUACAUCCCUGAAUCCUCCUUUGAGAGUACUCGUCGAACAUGUGAUGAUGUAGCACCCAGUGUGUCAUCAAAGUCGAUCAACGACUUGCUGUCAGUGAUGUAUGCCAUAAAUUCACAGUCUGAUUUGGGUCUUAGUCUUGUUCCCAUAGAAAAAGCCGAGAGAAUAAUGCGGAUAUGGAACCUUAAUCCGUCAUAUUCAACUUUGCACGUAUUCAACAUGAUUUAUCCGUACAGAAGUAUGUUCAAAGAUCACUACGUAAAGAUCACACAAGACUUCAUAAAGAAGUUCAUUUCCCAGACGGAUGUAAAUGGCAAUUUUUGCAUGAAAGAACGUGGUUUUAUUUCUACAUCGCAGCAUGAGGCUCUGCUUGCUGACCUUGCUGUUGCUCAUUCACAAGGCGACUUUGCUUUGCUUGGUACCAAAGGAGCCGGAAAAACAAAAGUGAUUUGCGAACUUGCAGCUCGAUUAGGAUUCACGACUGAGACGAUGGUAUUGUAUCAGGACAUGAAUGCACGUGAACUCCUUCAACGCCGUCGGAUGCUGGAUAACGGCGAUACCUUGUGGGAAGACAGUCAACUAGUUACAGCUGCUAAACGAGGAGAUGUUUGUGUUCUCGACGGAGCAGAGAGGCUUCACUGGAGCGCACUUGAGUCACUCGCCUGUCUCUGUCAUCAUCGUUUGUUAUUUCUACCUGACGGCAGUCGUCUAGUGGGAACAGAAGAGUUCGAUAAUAUUCAGAAAAAGACUGGAAAUGAUGAAGCACAUUUGAACGCAAAGGGAAUAUUUCGAAUACCAAAAUCGUUCCGAUUAAUUUUAAAUGGCGAUUCACUUCCAACUGAGCAACCAUGGUUAAACGAAACUGUCGUCACUCUUAUGCCUUUUCUUACGCUACAAAAGCUCAGCACUGAAGACCAGUGUACUGUACUAGAAGGCUUGGUGCCUGGGGCUAGUGAUAUUGCCCGAAAACUGGUAGAAUUCGUGGAGAAGUUGCGAUCUUCUGGCGAUGCUGCGCUUCGCGGUGUUGCUCAUUCGCUUUCUAUGCGAAAACUCAUCCACAUAGCUAAACGGAAUUGCCUACAUAGAGGUGAACUUCGAGGGCUUAUUGAAAAAGCAGCACUAGCUAGAUUUCUUCCCUCUGUUACUCGCUUAGCUUUCUAUAAUGAACUUGACAAGGCUGGUUUUGUGAAGGAUUCUUCAAGUUGCGCAGGUUUGUCUGCGUAA